AUGUCGCAUCGAAUACAUCAACUAGAGGAUGCUUUAGCAGUGUCACACGGCAACCAAUCGAAUGAGGCCCAUCCGUUACUUUGCGAUGAACUCUUGGAAAUCAAGUUUUGGCCCGAAAGAGGGAACGGCGCACGUCAGUCAGAGACACAGAAGGACGACGUCGAAACAUCGCUCGAUGCGUUCGGAACUCUAACACUGGGUGGGCAAGGUGAAGCAAAGUACUUCGGCGGGUCCGCUGGCUCAGAGGUACGCGGUAAAUCAACUCACUCCCUCGGAUGGGAUGAUUCAGAACGGGACGACGACUCCAGCUUUUUGCCGGAAAGUGUUCGCGAGUCCGUUCAUGAAUUAAUCUGGUCGCAAUUGCCGGAGCAGAUGCGCGCUUGGUCCCUUACUGAGGCGUACUUCGAGCAUGCUCAGUGGUUCCUCUCUGCAAUCAGCCGCGAUGAGAUUGUCAACGAAAUUAUGGUCCCCAUUUACAAGAGUCUGAAAGAGAAGGGCAGGCCGAAGUACAGCUCCCAAGACACCUCGGAGACUAAUCCGCACAGACUCGGAAUCUUGUACUUCGUUUUCUGUCUGGGUGCCCUCAUGGAUCUCACGCUACCGCCAGCUAAUCCGGAGGCGGAGAAAUAUUACAGGCUGGGCCGUGCUGCAAUGUCGUUACGGUCACUAGUAGAUGCACCUUUGAUUGAGACGGUACAAGCGAUUGCGAUGAUGGGGGCCUACCAUCAUAUGUCUGGACGAAAGGCCAGUCUAGAUAGUGCGUGGUCCCUGACUGCCUUCAGCGUCAAGCUAGCCCAGAGCGUGAGUCAUCGCGACUGCGCUCGCUGGGGCCUCGACGCCAAAACCGUCCAGAAACGUCGACACACAUUUUGGUCCAUUAUGGCAGCAGAUGGUUUCCUUUCACUGCAUAUGGGUCGCCCCUUGGCCUGCCCUCUGGACACUGUGGAUUGCGAGUUCCCUACAGAGGACGAUCUGGAGCCGGCUGAAGAUGGGACGACGCAGAUGGGCUAUCAGCGUUGGCGAUUCCAUAUCAUGAAGAACUGGCUCUUGCCCGUAUGCGAACAGAUGACACUGGCCAAGGGGCCGGAUUACAAGAAGCUGCUUGCCCUUGAUGCGAAUAUACUUCAGCACCAGGCCCCGAAGAAUUUUAAAUUCCUGAUUGACCCCGAAGAGCAGGAGAGACCCUCAAGCAUUGCCAGAGCGUAUCUACUCUCUCAAUUCCGAUUGAAUACUAUGAUGUUCAUACAUCGCAGCUUCUUCGCACAGGCGAUCCUCGAUCAUCCAACUAACCCCUUCCGGAGUCCGUAUGCACCAUCCUAUCUUACAGCCUACCGUUGUGCUUCGGCGCAACUCGCGGCAAGCAUACAUUUCUAUAAUCGCCUUCCCGAACUAUUCAUUCGACUCUCGUCUUUUUGGACACAUGCUUUUACGGCUGCACUCAUCGCCGGGUUUGUCGUAUCUCGUACCCCUCAUUCGGGUAUAGCCACGACGGCGUUCAUAGAACUAAACCGUGCCAUGGAUUUCUUCGAAAGUGCAGCCACAAAGAAUCCGAGAGCGUUCCGGGCUUUGGUGAGAUUGCUCUGGCUUACCAUUCUAUAUGUGUUUACGCCAAACUUCUGCAGGUAA